AUGCAAAAUAUUCAAAUAUACUUUGCAACAGAAACAGGUAACUCGGAACAAAUCGCAAAUACUCUAGCUAACAAGCUUAGAUCACUUAAUGUUACUAAUAGUGUUCAUGACAUUUAUUAUCUGAAUCCAUCUGAUUUGAUAGAGCUUAAAAGGGAAAUUUCUUAUACUAUAUUUGUUGUCUCAACGUGUGGCCAAGGAUGCUUCCCUUAUUCUAUACAAAAACUUAUUAGAUGGUUAAAAAAACAUAUAAAACAAGGAAAUAAAGUUUUAAGAGAUAUGUCAUAUACUAUAAUAGGUCUUGGUAGCUCAUUAUAUGAAGAUUCAUUUAAUUUAGCUGCAAAGAAAUUAGACAAGUACUUCAGAGGACUGGGUGCUAAAAAGUUUUGUAAAUGUGGAGAGAUAGAUGAAGUUAAAAAUAACGUAAGUGAGUGCUUGUUGUGGUGGGAUGAAGUCUUUUUUCCAUUUAUAAAAAGAAACUACACUUUGGAUAAAUAUCAACAUUGUCUAAAUUAUCUACAAAUUAACUUUGAACCGAAGAGCUUUACUUGCAAAAUUUACUUCGGAGUGCCAGGUGAUAAUUUGAUUUUAAAUAAUAAUAGUAUUCAAGAAGGGGAGUGCUACAUAUCAAGAAAGUAUUUUGCAUUAUCAGCAUUUGCAGUGAAGGAGAAAACUUUGCUAUGUAAACCAUUUAAAAUUGGUCCUCAAAGUUUCCGCAAGACUUUUCAGUUAACAUUACUCCCUACCUACUCUUGCACUUACAAAACACUUGACUUGUUAGAUAUACUGCCAUCAAACACAGAAGAUAUAAUAGUAAAGUUUUCUAAGAGGAUCUUUAAUAUAGAUAAUAUUGACAAACUCAACAACAUUACUAUAUCCCUUACUCCUAAUGAUCAAUCUUGUUCAACUUACAAGGUGCCCUUCCCUACUCCUUGUUCUUUGACUUAUGCUUUGAAAUACUACUUUGAUAUAGUAACUAUUCCCCCUAAAGAAGUUCUACUUCAAUUUACUCCAUUUGUUACUGAACAAAAUGAAAAAAGAAUUAUUGAAGAUGAUUAUUUUCACCAGUUGCUUACCAAGUUCUAUAAAUUGUCUUUAUUAGACUAUAUUUAUAUAUUUUUACCCAGCUUAAAAUAUAUUCCUAUUGAGAAGUUUCUGACAUUUUUUGGAAUGAGACAGAGAUUUAGGACUUAUUCAAUAUCUUCAUCUUCCAGUAUAAGUAAAAAUGACAUCAAUAUAACUGUUUCAACAUAUACUGAAGGUCCAUAUGCAUCAUUACUGUAUGCGCCAUUCGUGAUUAAUCCUAAAUAUUUAUAUUUUAGAGAUCUCAGAGUGCAGUAUUAUAAUGGCACAUGUUCAAAUUUUCUCUUCACACUAAAAGAGAAUAGUUCGUAUAUAUAUGGGCAAAUUAGGAAAUCAUCACUUGAUAUAAGCUCAUUUAUGUUAAAAGUGCCACUCAUUCUUAUAACCCAUGGCACUGGCAUUGCACCAAUCCGUGCAUUACUUAAUGAAAUUGGAUACAUAAAGAUGAAUAAUAGGUCAGUUAAACUAGGCCCAAUUUAUCUUUUUUAUGGAUGUAGAACAGCUGAAGACAUUUUAUAUAACAAUGAACUUAUUUAUUUUAAGGAAAGUGGAGUUCUUGAAAGAACAUUUUUUGCCUUUUCAAAAAGUUGCAAAGUGCAUGUUCAAGAUAUAUUAAUAGAAAAAGAGCAAGAAGUUACUGACUUUCUAAAGAAUAUUGAAACACAUAUUUAUAUAUGUGGGAGUCCAACAUUUACUGUAAAUAUUAAGAAGACUUUGUCUUGGAUUGGAAAGAAAAAUGAAAUUGAUCAUGAUGUUGUAGAGAAAUUAUCUAGGGAGAAGAGAAUUUAUACUGAAACUUGGAAUUAA